UGAAAAUCUUCAAACUCAUAAUCGUGAGAAUGUACGGGGAAAUUUCAAAGCAUUGCGAAUCUUUUCCUACAACUGAUAUGAUCCAUGAAAUGGUGAACGAAUGCUUCAAUGAUGUCGAAGAUGUAGAUGAUGAAAGCGAAUCCGACGACGAUUCUUCGUGUUCGGAGACGACAAUGUCUUCAUUUACCAAAAACAAUCUGAAAAUCGUGCCAAACUUCAAUAUACAAGAGCAUAUUAAAGCUUUGAAAACGCACAAUCCUUUAAACAAUCUGUGUAGGUUCGGAAAAGUAAAUUUCUUUAAACUAAAAUUUACUAUUAAACUUUCAGUUAAUUCGCAUUCCGAUGAAUACUUUGAGACGUUGGAAAUAAGCGACGAGGAGCAAGUUGAUAAUAAUUUGGAUCGCGAUUUCAGCAGCACCUCGUUUUAUAAACCGGACACAAUAACACCACCCAGAUUUAGGUCUAGCUACCAAGGAUUCGUUGGAUUUAUAGAUACGUGUCAAUGUAAAUAUCCGAAGAGCUGGGUGGAUGAUUCGUCUUGCUCGGGGGAGUAUUGGGAUUCAUUUAGAUUGGAUCCUUUAGAUUACAAGACUCCAUCGAGUGUAAAUUUGGAGCAAAGCAAGUUGGAAGUAGUACCACUAGCUGUGCACGAUAAAUCCGAAUCGAAAAUGAUCAUAGAUUAUUUGACUCAUAAGGCUUCGAUUAAAACCGAGUUGGAAUUAAACUCUGAAGAUUUGGGUGAACACGAAAGCGAUAUACAAGUCCUUAAAGAAUGGGCCUAUUUCAAACUGAUGGAACAAAGAGGAAUGGACAUGGAUAAUCCUGGCGUCGGUUGGGUACCUUGGACUUCGUUUCUAAAAGAACAUGAGGAAGAGGUUGCUGAAGAGACAGAAUCCAUCAGGAGUUAUUCCACUGCAGGAACUGAGCAAGAUCCAGAGGAUGAUAGCAUUGAGUUAAUGUUUAAGAUGAUGAAAGCUAUAAUUGACUUUGUCUUCGAAUAUUUUUAUGAGAACUUCCAUUUCACUCUAAUCAAGUUGGCUUUUCGGUCAACACCAAAUCUGAUUACACAAAAAUUAAACGAGAAGUGGCACACACCAAAAAUCAUCAAGCAAGAUUUCAAGAGGCCAAAAGCUUCCCCAGUGAAAAAGGAGAAGAAGGCUAAAGGGAAGAAGGAGAAGAGGAAGAAAUCAAAGUCUCCGAAACGUAAAAAGAAGGAUAAGAAAUCCAAGAAAGGGAAGAAGGCGAAGAAAGAGAAACCCAAGAAGAUGACCAAGGAGGAGUUAGCUCGGAAACGACAGGAGGAGGCUCUGCUGGAGGCAGAGAGGAGAAGGAUUCUGGAGAAUAAAGUGUACAUGUUUCCAUUGGCUGAUGCAGCUAGCGAAGACCUGUUCAUGGCUAUUUUCGAAAACUGGGUGGCCGGAGGUGACAAGAAGAAGAAAGGAAAGAAAGGCAAGAAGGGCAAAAAGAAGAAAUAG